AUGGGUGCCUGCGAGGGGGCGCGCCAUGAAGUCCCAAAAGCUGUCUGCGCUCCUCUGCGGCCUCGCGCCCCUCGUCCAGCUCCGCGCACACGCACUGCCGACGAGCGCAGCGCCGCGCGCCGCGUGCGCGGACGUCAUGGCGCGUUGACUCUCCCCUCCCGGGGCCCCCGCUCCGACGCUGACCGCCCGCAGGUGUUCUUCGCGCGCGGGACGACGGAGCCCGCGCCCAUCGGCACCCUCGUCGGCCCCCCGCUCGCCGCCGCGCUCCAGCGCGCGCUGCGCGCGAAGGGGAACUUGACGCUCGCGUUCGCGGGCGUCGGCUACGCCGCGGACGUCCUCGGGUUCCUCGAGGGCGGCGACCCGCAGGGCGCGCGCGCCAUGGCGAACGACCUGACCAGCGCGGCUAGUGCGUGUCCCAAGGCCGCGCUCGUGACGGCGGGGUACAGCCAGGGCGGCCAGCUCGUGCACAACUCCGCGCGCCUCCUCUCGCCCGCGGUCCAAGCGCGCAUCAGCGCCGCCGUCAUCUUCGGCGACCCCGACAACGGAUCCGCGGUGAGCGGCGUCAGCGCGUUGCGCACGCACGUCGUGUGCCACGCCGGCGACGACAUCUGCCUGCACGGCGACCUCGUCCUCGAGCCCCACCUGACGUACGGCGCCGACACCCCGAGCGCGGCGGCGUUCAUCGCAGGCAAGGUGUGAACAACUCGGGAAGGAGGAACAAAAAAAAAUGGGAGCUGGCGCGAUACCGAAUUUUUAUCUCAUUAUUUCAAAAUCCUGUGAUAUGUAGAUAUGAAGCGCUGGCGCUUAUUGAACGACGUUUGGAAGUGGCUUAUCGACGUGAG